CAUAACCUUAUCAAGAAAGAACUAAAGGUUUCAGAAUUUCAUAACUCGUCCAAAAUAUGGCCUAUCUUCGCCUCCCGGCUUCUGUCAUACCACUAUUUCUGCUCUUUACCUUCUCACUUAUGAGCUCCAAAACAAUGGUUGCCGGGGCUCGCUUUCUUCUCGAGACUUCCUUGCCUCAAGUGCCCGAACUUCCAAAGCCUGAGCUGCCACCACUCCAUAAACCUGAGCUUCCACAGUUGCCAAAGCCUGAGCUGCCACAGUUGCCGAAGCCAGAGCUGCCAACAUUGCCGAAGCCCGAGCUGCCAACAUUGCCGAAACCCGAAUUGCCACCAGUACCCUAUGUUCCAACUUUGCCAAAGCCGAAAGGUCUCAAGUUGGCAGAAGAGCCCCAUUUCCCUGAGCUUCCAAAGCCUGAAUUGCCACCACUUCCUAAUUUCCCAACUUUGCCAAAGCCUGAGUUGCCAAAGUUGCCUGAAAUUCCACCUCUUCCCCAUCUCCCAGCUGACCUACCUAAGCCCACAUUGCCCUCCAUCCCAACCCUCCCCAAGGACACACCCCUCCCUUCUCUCAUUCCACCCCCCAAAACCACCCUUCCUUGAAUAUUCUUAAAUAUUUGUCUUAGUUAAAUUGUUUCACUAUUUAUAUCUAUGUCAGGGUUUAUGGCAUACACAUAUCUUUGUAAUCAUUAUGUCAUGUCCUGUGUUUCUUUCUGAUCAUGUAUUGCUACA